AAGAAAACUCGCAGUAUGCGAGAGGAGACUGCAUUCCUUGUGAGAAUACGAUAAGGAACAGUUGUGAUUAUAGAUUUACGCGCGAAAGUGAAGAAAGAUUUCGAGUGCCAUUGGUGUAGGUGAGGGUAAACGCUAAAAAGAGAGUGCGGUGAUUGAACCAGUGUAAACCUUUGAAGGAUUUUCGUUGCGAUGGAUCGUUGGGAAGGAAAAGUCGUAUUGGUCACCGGAGCGAGUGCCGGAAUCGGCGCAGCAAUUGCGAGAGAGCUUGCGAAAAAUGGCAUGAAAGUGAUUGCCGUCGCGAGGAGACUAGAGAAAUUGCAAGAAUUGGCGGCAAAUAUCAAAGGCGAAUACAAAACCGAUAUUUAUCCAAUGCAAUGCGACGUCCAAAAGGAAGAAGAUAUUCUCAGAGUGUUCAAAUGGGCAAACGAGAAACUAGGCGGUGUUGAUGUGUUGGUUAACAAUGCCGGCGUAGUAUACACUGACCCGAUUAUAGAGAGUUCAACGCAGCACUAUCAGAAUAUUAUGAACAUAAACGUGAUAGCAGCGGCGAUUUGUUCACGGGAAUUGGUGAAGUCUAUCAAACAGCGAAAUGCAUCGGGUCAUAUUAUUAAUAUUAGCAGUAUAGCAGGACAUUAUGCAGAACUGAUUACUGAACCGGUAAAUCUAUACUCUGCCAGUAAAUACGCUCUCACCGGCAUGGCAGCAAGUCUACGCCAUGAAGUGGCUAAGUCAAAUCUUAAUAUAAAAGUCACGAAUAUCAGCCCCGGUGCGGUAGAGACGGAUAUGCUUUUGAAUAACUAUCCCCAACUGAAAGAAAUAAAUAUUCCUAUGAUAUUAAGCAAGGAUAUCGCAGAUACGGUAGUCUAUGUUUUAGGCACGCCGCAGCAGGUGCAGGUUUGUGAAAUGAUUGUGUUACCACAUAAGGUUUCACACAAUCCACUUUCAUUCAAGUAAUUGUACCGUGCCUUAAUACUCACAUGAGGCUCAUAAAUGUCUUUUUAUCAAAAAGGGAAAAGCAAAAAGGAAUGAAGAUUUUUGUAACUUCUCCAUCCAACAAAUAGAACAAACUAGGAAAAAGGAUUGCAAUUGUUAUAUUUAUAUAUUUGUUAUAUAUAUAAUAAAUAUUAUAUAAUAACUGCAUUUUAUCAAAUUAAAUCAAUAACGUUUAAGUAAUCGAGUAUUUUUAUUUUUCCGUAGAGUUACGCAGAGUACAAUGCUAAUCAUACACAUGAUGUGUCUUUGUGUAAUAUAUUAAUAUAUCUCUCGUUACAUUUUAUUACAUCACAUCGAACGGACAUGGUGCUGGAGUAACCGGUUAUGUACAUAUCUUUGUAUUAAGUUGUGCUGGAAAAUAUAAACCGAGAAUGUACAGUUA